AUGCCGAAACGUUCCAUCUGCCACAUAUCAGGCUCUUCUUCAGAGUCAAAAGACUCCGAAAAGCGUGUUCGGAUCGACUGUGAUCGCCCUCUUUUAACACCCGUCCGCUUCCUUAUACUUUCUGACACGCAUGGCGCUAAUUUACCGUCAAGUCUUCCUCCGUGCGACGUGCUCUUCCAUUGCGGCGAUUUGACCGAGGACGGGACUCCAGAAAGCAUCUUCGCGGCUAUUCGGAACCUGAGCAAGGUGAAAGCCAAAUUGAGGCUGGUCAUCGCUGGCAACCAUGAUAUCUCCUUAGACAAAGAGUACUGGGUAUCGCAAGGUGGAGCAGAAUCCGAUUCAGAAAUAGUGCAGGCACUAUUCAACCCAGAAUGCGGAGCUAGCAAACAUGGUAUCAUCUUUCUCUCUGAGGGUAUUCAUACUCUCAAUCUACCAUGCGGUGCCGUCUUCAAAAUCUAUGCCUCACCAUACACUCCUGGAUGCGGUACGUCGGCAUUCCAAUACCCGACUGGCAGUGAUCGUUUCAAUCCCCCAGAAACUACUCCGCUGUGGGCGAAAAACGUUGGCACUGAGACCUCGAUUAUCCCAGAGAAUGUUGACAUUGUCAUGACCCAUGGGCCACCAAAGUAUAUUCUAGGUGAGACCGCCGGUGACAGUGCAGGAUGUGAGCAUCUACGAAACGCCAUAGUGCGAGUGAAACCCAGGUUACAUUGUUUCGGGCACAUUCAUCUUCCGCGGGAAGGCUGGACCUACCAAGCACACAGGUUGGCAUAUAAAGACCCACCAAAACCGGACAGUGGUGAACCCGGGUUAAUAGCUACCAUCUUUAAAGAUUGGGUAGGGUCAAAUCAAGCCCGCAAGAAAGGAUUUAGAUGUUUACCUCCCGGCUCUGCAGAAGAUUUCCGUGCGAGCAAACAGCAGACGCUCUGCGUCAAUGCUGCAAUGGAGGGUGAGAAGGGAGAGCUUGAACACCCACCGUGGUUAGUCACCUUAGACUUGCCGGUAAGAAGGUAG